CCCCGCCAGGCCCGCUACCUGCACUCCUUGCUGCUAUUACGUCAUCUGUAUCUGGCCGGGUUCCGGACUUUCUACACCUCCCGGAACCUGCACUGUGCUUUCCGCCAGAUCUUUGAUGGCGCCCACAAAGCCGGUUGUCACGAGGUCAACAUGAUUAGGGUCAAAUCGGUCAAGUUUGCCGACCUGGACAUUUUCGAAGACCGGUGAUUGGCAAAAGGGGAUUGUGCCAAGACUGAGGAGGUCCCAUGAAAACUCUCCAAACAACCUUGUACAAGAACACCCCAUUAAAGAGUUCCAUCUCCACUCUGCCAGCAUUGAGCAUGCAUCCAAAGGACAGCUUUUAUUAGGGCCAACAUAGAGAAAUGUUUUUAUUACUAGAUCAAAAUUAUCUUUUUAAAAAUAUUUUUCGUUCAGAGCGCCAUGCAAAGUAACAUGUUCAUUGGAAAAUCAAUAAAUGAGCUAGAAUUUUUUUACACAGCCAGACAAAAGUGAACAAGCUGUACUAUAUAAAUAUAUGUAAAUCAUCUUUUAAAAAAAAAUUAUUUCAUACAUAAACGUAUUGUUGUAUAGCCACAUAUUCUUCAUGUUCUUUUCUAAAAAAGUAAAUAAAUAUUGCAAAGUAUU